AUGGAUAAUAAUAACGAGAAUGGAGCUCGUGAUGGGGCUGCCAGACACUCUACUCCCCGUUCACCUGCUCGCACGAAUGCCACACCCUCUGCAACAGAUUCCGGGCGGCACAGGAGCAUGGAAGGAGACGGCGCGGCAGAUGGACCAAGUCAGUUAUCGAAUGCUGCAAUCAAGCGCAGGAGACUCCAAGAGAGGCACCAAGCUCUCCGAAAACGUGGUCGCACUCCGCCAUCAGUAUUCUCUCGGCGCAAUCGCUCUCGCAGUCCAAAUGGCGCACCGCCACGCGAAGACCGACGCUCCCGCUCGCCGAUACAACCGCGCCGCUCUCCCUCCCCCGAAGCGCCGCGGCAACGCAAGAGACCAGGUGGUGGAGCGAGACAGGGACUUGCAGACCGCGAAACUCUACGACGCAGACAGGAGGAGCGUGAACGCGCCGAGCAGGAAGAGGCGAUGCGCACCUCCCAACAGCGUGGAGUUGCGGACGUUGUUAGGCAGCACUACAAUGCGGUCCCUGAGAGAGGCCGUGAGUGGCGGAAGACGGAGAGCAAGAUCAAGGGGCUACGAAGCUUCAACAACUGGGUGAAGAGCACUCUUAUCCAGAAAUUCUCGCCCGAUGAGAAUUUUGUUGCACGAUUUGAGGAUACCAAGGAUUGGGCCAAUGACAGCCAAGGACCGCCGCCAGCGCCUGAGCACAAGCUCCUCGUGUUGGACUUGGGGUGUGGAAAGGGUGGCGAUUUGGGCAAGUGGCAGCUGGCGCCCCAGCCGGUUGACCUCUAUGUCGGUCUUGACCCUGCCAAUGUCUCGAUUGAGCAGGCACGAGGUCGUUACGACCAAAUGCGCUCGGGCCGUGGUCAGCGAGGCCGUCGACCUCCCCCAGCAAUCUUCCAUGCUGAAUUUUAUCCGAAGGACUGCUUCGGAGAGUGGCUAGGCGAUAUAGACAUUAUCCAGCAAGUCGGCAUUGAUGCUAAUGUCGGGCCUGGUGGUUCCAUCAUGGCCUCUCGCUACGGCGGCGGGGGCUUUGAUAUUGUUACAUCCAUGUUCGCCAUUCAUUAUGCCUUUGAGACUGAGGAGAAGACACGCCAAAUGCUCAGUAAUGUCGCAGGUUGCUUGAAGAAGGGCGGUCGUUUCCUCGGUGUUUGUCCCAACUCAGACGUCAUUAGCAGCCAAGUGUCUGCCUUCCAUAAGAAGCGUAAGGAGCGCGAGGCUGCUAAAGCCGCUGAACCGGACGGUCCCGAGGAUGGUGAGGUUGAGGAGGAUGACCGGGCCCAGUGGGGCAAUGAUAUCUACCGCGUUCAAUUCCCUGGAGCAACUCCCGAGGAUGGAGUUUUCCGUCCGCCUUUCGGGUGGAAAUACAGUUACUUCAUGAAAGAGGCAGUGGAGGAGGUUCCUGAAUAUGUCGUUCCAUGGGAGGCUUUCCGAGCGUUGACCGAGGAUUACAACCUGGAACUCCAAUACCGCAAGCCAUUCUUGGACAUCUGGGAAGACGAGAAGAACCACCCUGAGUUGGGCCCGCUCGGUGAUCGAAUGGGUGUUCGAGACCGCGUAACUGGUGCUUUGAAUAUGACGCCGGAAGAGAAGGAGGCCGUUAGUUUCUACCAUGCAUACUGCUUCUAUAAGGUCUAG